CCCGAUGCCUCUGUCCUCCUCAGUCGUACUCUGCGCCUCGCUACGGUCGGACGUGCGCUCGAUCUGCGCGUACAACUCGCGAGCUUUCGAAUUUUUACCUGUGGAUUGUUAGUGACAUGUGCUGUUGAAUUAGUAUUUGAGUGGCACUGGAUUGGCGCCGAUCACCUGCUCGUCUUGCGAAGUUUCCAGCCAGUAUUCAAGUUACGCGGCGGAGCGAAAUUAAACAAGAGGUUCCUUUUCUAAGAACAUGGAUGUUCCCUUCACGCGUGCCUGGAAAUAUCAGAGAUGAAUCAAAGAACUAGAAAGAAAACUGUCAACUUUUGGCGCGAUCAGGCGAAUUUAUAGCCUACCCGCUCCCGAGUCCAUGUAAUGUAAAGAGGACCGCGGAAGGGACUAUACUAACUGUCAUAUCGAGAAAGCAUAUCUCAGAAGUUGUGAAAGAAAAAUCUAAAACAUAUCUGUAUAAAUACUAGUCACCGUUUGUGAUUGUAGUUUAAAACAUUAUUGCUCAAAAAUCGAUUAAUUCCUGUAGUGAUAGAAUUAUUUAUAGAAAAAAUUAGAUGCAUAUCGACGUAUAACUUUAAUAAAAGAUUAGUUUGUUACAUAUCAAUUAUCUAUGAAGAUGAAAUACUAUAGUAUGUUCUUCUUGAGGAGGCGGACGUUAAUAUUGAAGGCGGUGUUGAUACUGACAGCGGUUUGGUUCAUGGUCGCUUUGCUGACGACAAAUGGAGGAUCAAGGAAUUCAAUUGUCGCUCCUCCGAUAGAAUACGAAGAUGCUGAAGCGAAACCGCUAAAGAUGGCAAAGCCAACGUCUGGGAAGAAGAAAAGCGAAUCUUAUGGAAAUAAUUUAUCAGAUGUGCGGACGAGGAUCGAUUGGCUUGGUCGGAUCGCUGGCGUCCCUGAAGGGUUAGGAGUGAUCGCAGCUCCAGGCUCGGACAAUGCUCCAGGUGAACUUGGCCAGCCAGUUGUAUUGCCUAAAAAUAUGAGCGAAGAAGCCAAAUUAGCUGUAUCCGAAGGAUGGAAGAAGAAUGCCUUCAAUCAAUAUGUUAGCGAUCUCAUUUCAAUAAGGAGGAAAUUGCCAGAUCCUAGGGAUGAAUGGUGUAAAAAACCCGGCCGAUACUUAGAAGAUCUGCCUCAAACUUCGGUAGUAAUAUGUUUCCAUAAUGAGGCAUGGUCGGUGCUCCUCAGAACAGUACAUUCAGUGCUAGACAGGUCGCCUGCACAUUUAAUAAAGGAGAUUGUGCUCGUCGAUGAUUUCUCCGAUAUGCCACAUUUGAUGCAACAAUUAGACGACUACAUGUCUUCACUGCCCAAAGUGCGGAUAGUUCGAGCGACGCGGCGCGAGGGACUCAUCAGGGCUAGGCUACUCGGCGCACGAUACGUCACUGCUCCCGUCCUUACUUAUCUAGAUAGCCACUGCGAAUGUACAGAAGGAUGGUUGGAGCCGUUACUAGAUAGGAUCGCAAGAAACAAAACGACAGUAGUCUGUCCCGUUAUCGAUGUAAUUGACGACAAUACUCUAGAGUAUCACUACAGAGACUCAUCUUCAGUCAAUGUUGGCGGUUUCGACUGGAAUCUCCAGUUCAAUUGGCAUCCCGUUCCGGCGAGGGAAAGAGCACGCCACCAACAUACUGCAGAGCCAGUGUAUUCACCUACUAUGGCUGGUGGACUUUUCGCUAUCGAUAAGGAGUUCUUCGAAAGACUAGGAACAUAUGACAGCGGCUUCGAUAUCUGGGGAGGAGAGAAUUUGGAACUGUCAUUUAAAACUUGGAUGUGCGGUGGAACGUUAGAGAUCGUUCCGUGCUCUCAUGUCGGUCACAUAUUUAGGAAAAGAUCACCUUACAAAUGGCGUACUGGUGUAAAUGUACUGAAGAAAAAUUCAGUUCGUUUAGCAGAGGUGUGGUUGGACGACUACGCUAAAUACUAUUACCAAAGAGUUGGUAACGACAAAGGUGAUUACGGAGAUAUUACAAGCAGGAAGCAACUAAGAGACAAUCUCGGUUGCAAAUCCUUUGAAUGGUACUUAAAGAAUAUCUACCCUGAAUUGUUCAUUCCUGGGGAAUCAGUUGCACAUGGCGAGAUCAGAAAUGUCGCCUUCCAAAAGACUUGUUUGGAUUCUCCAACGCGCAAGUCCGACCACCAUAAGCCCGUCGGACUAUACCCGUGUCACCGGCAGGGAGGAAAUCAGUAUUGGAUGUAUUCUAAAAACGGUGAGAUCCGUCGUGACGAGACUUGCCUCGACUACUCGGGUCAUGAUGUCGUUCUGUACCCUUGCCACGGCGCCAAGGGCAACCAACUCUGGCUGUAUGAUCCGAGCACGAAGUUAUUGAAGCACGGUUCAAGUGAGAAAUGCAUGACGAUAGCUCGCAACAAGGAUAAAAUUGUCAUGGAACCGUGCAGUGACGCUGAACCAAGACAGAUGUGGGUUAUGGAGAAUUUCAACGCAGAUAGACUAAGCCCUGAACUCACUGCCGACUAGCUGUCAAAUUAUGACGUGCUUUUCAUAUAAUGGACUGAGUAAAUGUAUCUAAAGAUUUGUGCUCCGGAGUCACUUGUUGUUGAACGCAUUGUGCUUUACGUAAGUGAUUUCAUGUUUUAGAGAUGAAUUACUCGUAAAUACCACAUUUAAAAGUGAAAUGAAAUGCGAUUAAAAGCGCGCGCAUAUCCUUGAUUAAACUAUCGCACAGAUUCCUAUGAGUACGUCCGCGCAUAUAAGCUCAUCGAGCCGACUCGAUUUUUAGUUGUGAAAUUAAACAAUCGACUAUCGCACAACAAUUGUGCGAUAGAUAAGUCAAAGGUGUGCACCCGCUCUAAGAGUUCUGAAAUUGAUCGUAAAGUCAUUCUUAUUGUUUAUUUCUGUAUUAAAUUGAUAACUGCUUUAUAUUUCUAGCUUUUUAAAUUGAUGUCACUGUGAAUUGUAAAAAAAUUGUAUCGGAAAAUUAGUUUGGUUUUUGAGUCGAUAAUAUUUUGUUAAUUAUGUCAACUUAGUUCAAUAUUCUGUGCAGUUUCAGGUUAUUUAAUAAUUUAUUCUGUUUUAUUUAUCACUGCGAAGUAUUGACAUAUAUAGUCAUCUCUCACAUUCCCUUAGAAAUAACAGAGACAAAACAUUUGUUAAUACAAUUUGAUGGUUAUAUUGAUGUCAGAAAGUGUGUUUAAAAUAAAGAUGGCGGUAUAGUAUUCUUCUUCGAGUAUUAAAUUUACUUAGUAGAUUUAGUCUUCUCUUUACUGUGUACAUAUCUUAAAACAUAUUAAAAAUAUCGCAUAAUUUCAAUGUAUUGAAAUAGAUAAAUUUUAAACUGAAAAUUAGUGAUUUUCUGAUGACUUGGCUUCUAUGUGAAUGUUAUUGUGAUUUUUAUCAUGUAAUAAAUGGUAGUCGUAACUUAUGGAUUAGUGGAAGAUAUUUAUAGUUAGGUUAGGUUCACAUGGAUGUUAUUUCAUUGUUACGAAUCGUAAUUAAAACUUCAGCGUAAUCUAUAUUCCUUUUUGUUUUGAAGUUCUGGAAACUCUGAAAUUAUUGUAUAGCUCUCAGGCUUAAUGAAUUUAUUUGUAUUUUUUUUUUAUUUUUUGACUGAAUGUUUGUAUAGCUAAAGUUUAAUAGAUUUGUCGUCUGGAUUUAUAAAGAUAAAAAAUAUUUGUAGACGCAAAAAUGACAUGUGAAACAUUUUAGUAGUUCUUUUUUUUUCUUUUUGGUGACUGAUAAGUUUUAAAAGUGCCAGUAUUUGUAAUUUUUAAUAAACUACCAUAUACUGCCAUUUAGUCUUCCCAUCUAGUAUUUCCUUACUGCCUUUAUUUCAAAUAAAUGUUAGAAAAUCGUCGUUGAUGUUCCAAAAAAAGACAUUUUAGAUAUAUGAAAACGCAUUUUUUCGUAUUUUUCAUGUAUUUUUUGUAUAUAUUUGACUAGACUAAAUUCUUGUAUGUAAUUAUAUGUAACUUAAUCAUGUAAUAUUAAUUAUUGACAUUAAUUUCCAAACGGUAAAGAAAAUAAUACUGUAUUUUCUAUACACAAAAAUGAUGCUAUUGAAUUAUUUGUCAUUGUAAAUAUUAUUUGAUUUUUAUCUCUGUAUUAAUAUCCUACUCGUAUUGUAAUUUUAGAGUUUUAAAGAAAUAAAACGCAAUCGGAGGUAGUAUUUUUUCGUGAAAUCACAGUUAAUAUAUUAUAAUGAUUUUCAACUACUGUAAUUAUGCAAAAUUCUAUCUCCUUAUACUCUUUAAAAGAAGGGACAACAGUAUAUUUUAAUAAUCGAUUAUUAAAGCCUGUUACACACGCUCUUUAUUUUAACAGUCUGAUCGUUCAGAUAAAUCUAACAAAACUGUGAACAGUUCAAUUCUCAUCGAUUAGACAGUUCUGAUAGAACUGAUCGUGUCUAGCUGACUUUAUGGAGAUCCGAUUGCGUUCUAUUUUCAAAAUAAAUCGUUAGAAAAAAUUAAAAAUAGUUGUAAUUCGUAUUCAGAUAGGUAAUAAAAAAAUUAAAUGUGCCUUAUAUCUUUACGUAAUAAUUAUAUUUGAAUGUUGAAUAUCUGUAUAUAAUGCAAUGUCUCUAGUGUAUAAUAAUAGUUAGAAAUAAUAUCUAGAUGGCGAUACAAUAGUCUUUGUAAAAUAAAGCAUUAUGUUUGAUUUGUAA